AUGGUUGUUAACGCCACUUUCAAGAUUGAUUACUAUCUGGAUGAGGCACAUAACUGGGGCCUGUCAACAAAUGAACUUGAGCGUGCAAUGUCCGAAGCUGAUGGCCAUUGUCAGCCACGUGCCAUUAUCGUCAUCAACCCAGGUAAUCCAACCGGCCAAGUUUUGCCCACUUCCGUGAUGUACGAUGUCAUUCGCUUUGCUGUCAAGUACAAUUUGGUGUUACUUGCCGAUGAAGUGUACCAGUUCAAUAUCUACCGGCCUGAUACUACACCUUGGACUAGUUUUAAGAGCGUUCUAUCUGAUAUGGGUGCUGGAUAUGCGGACACUCUGCAGCUAGUCUCCUUCAUGUCGGCUAGCAAAGGCUACAUGGGCGAGUGCGUUUCUUAGGUUAGAGGUGAUUUUAAGUGA